AGAGGAGACGAGUCCGGCUUCCGACUGAGAUGUGCUGAUCGAGGUCGUUCUCUUGUGUCGUGGCUUUCGAUAGAAGCAGUCGAUUCCCGCGAGUGAGAAAUCCAAAAAAUUAAACUGUGAACUCGGUGAAAAAGAAACAACUGUCUAAUUCCCCGAAAGGACGAUUCUGUGGUGUCGUGUCGUGUCUGGGACUUCCGUGAAGGUCGAGGGAUGUGCUGCAGUUAUUCCGGUUUUAACGGGCGAACAAUUAAAAGUUAUCCGUCCUCCGGACCGCGUGUGAUUAAGUGAGCCCGAGGUUGUCCCAAAAGAACCCAUGUGAAUAACACGACAAUUGUGGCCAACGUGCGUUUAAAGACCCGCCGAUUAAGAACCCGCGAGUUCUAGCACCCGUUUUCAAGGGCGUCCGUCUAAAACCCAGUCCGAAUCCUCUAGUGUUACCCAUAUCGCGUGUGCACCGCGUGGAGGCUGUGGUUAACCUCCAAAACCCGCCCCAGCUCAAGGAGUAGAGUGAACCAGGCGUCCAUCAUUCGACGGCGUAGGGCCAUCGUAACAAUAAAUUGUAGGCUAGGCAGCCCCUGGGAUGAGAUUCCGGAGCUAGAUUUAUAUUUAUUAAAUCUGCCCAUCGACACGCCGUCGACAAUUCGCAAUGGUUAAAGCACCUUGACGUGAUAUCUGGCGUCAGGGUAGAAGAAAAAGAGGAGACGAGUCCGGCUUCCGACUGAGAUGUGCUGAUCGAGGUCGUUCUCUUGUGUCGUGGCUUUCGAUAGAAGCAGUCGAUUCCCGCGAGUGAGAAAUCCAAAAAAUUAAACUGUGAACUCGGUGAAAAAGAAACAACUGUCUAAUUCCCCGAAAGGACGAUUCUGUGGUGUCGUGUCGUGUCUGGGACUUCCGUGAAGGUCGAGGGAUGUGCUGCAGUUAUUCCGGUUUUAACGGGCGAACAAUUAAAAGUUAUCCGUCCUCCGGACCGCGUGUGAUUAAGUGAGCCCGAGGUUGUCCCAAAAGAACCCAUGUGAAUAACACGACAAUUGUGGCCAACGUGCGUUUAAAGACCCGCCGAUUAAGAACCCGCGAGUUCUAGCACCCGUUUUCAAGGGCGUCCGUCUAAAACCCAGUCCGAAUCCUCUAGUGUUACCCAUAUCGCGUGUGCACCGCGUGGAGGCUGUGGUUAACCUCCAAAACCCGCCCCAGCUCAAGGAGUAGAGUGAACCAGGCGUCCAUCAUUCGACGGCGUAGGGCCAUCGUAACAAUAAAUUGUAGGCUAGGCAGCCCCUGGGAUGAGAUUCCGAUCGAAACGAACCCGGGCGGUUCUUCGGUGAUGGAGUGAGCUUCAAGGCCAAACUUAUUGGCAUUCUGGAGGUCGGCGAAGCCAGAGGAGACCGUAUGUGCCAGGAAGCACUGCAGGACCUCAAAAUGGCUAUCCGAGCUGCAGGAGAGCACAAACAGAGAAUCACGAUACACGUUACUAUCGAUGGAUUGCGAUUGAGAGAUGAGAAAACAGGGGAUUCUCUCUAUCACCAUCCAGUGCAUAAGAUAUCGUUUAUCGCGCAGGACAUGACGGAUUCACGUGCAUUUGGCUAUAUUUUUGGAUCGCCCGACAGCGGGCAUCGCUUUUUCGGCAUUAAAACCGACAAAGCCGCCAGCCAGGUCGUUCUGGCCAUGCGGGACUUGUUUCAGGUCGUGUUUGAGCUGAAGAAGAAGGAAAUCGAGUUGGCCCGGCAGCACAUCCAAAGCAAGAUAACUGCCCACGAACAUCAAGCCGUGGCCAUGGCAGUCAAAAGCACUGAUGGUUACGGGAAAAGCUUAACGACAGAUGGGACGUCCAGUUCGUUCGCAAGUUCAAGUCUAUGCGGCGCCAUUGGUGGAAGCAGUUCAAAGGCAGCGGCCAAGUGUGAAAAGUCACCCGAAUCCGUUGCCGAUCUGGUAGAUUUGGAACAGGAACUCAGUUCUAUCCAGCGAGGAAUUACGCAAAUGGAACGGAUUACACCGAGCGAAGUGCCAUCAAAAAGUGUUAUCGAUGAUGAUCCAUUCGGGGACUCGUUCACCAACGUUCCUCCGGCUUACAAUCUACUGCCGCCUCCCGAGUCCAGCAAACGCCAUCAGAAGCAAACUCACAAGUCAACGGAAAAUCUCCCCGCAACCGAAACCAGUUCAGCCGUACCAUCAUCAUCGCCCCCUGCUCCCCCGACGGCAUCAACCCCAGCACCACAAACUGUAGCGAUACCACCUCCUCCGAGCAGUUCCACUCCAGCUCCAACGACCGGGGGAUCGACCAUGUCAUCGAGCAACUCCAAUCAGAACGAUGAUUGGCUCAACUCGCCUCCCAACACUUCGCGAUUCGAUCCAGACCCUGUCAAGUACUCCGAUGAGCUGAAUCUGAGCGACGAUGGGUUCAAGCAAUCAUAUUCAACCACCCCGCAGCCAUCUUCUUACACCGACGCUUUCACCGAUCUGGAUCCUCUGGGAACGGGGAAGAUAAAACCAUAUAUCGAUAAGAAGUAUUUCUUCCAAGAGCUGAAGAAUCCACCAAAGAAGGUACUCAAGGACCUUUCUGGUCAAGAUAGUUCUUUCAAUGCCAACUUCUCCUCGGAAGACCUUCAGCGUCAAUCACCACAAACACUUCCAAAAGACAGCAACGAAAUGUUCAAUCCAACUUUCGACGAAGGUCCUCCAAGAUCGAAGGACCAAAGAGUUGCAACUGAUUUUUCGGAUCCUUUUACCAACAAAUCUGUUGAUCCGUUCAUGGAUGAUGAUGAUUUUUCCAAGCUGCACAUUGAUCCAUUUGAAAUGAAGUUUUCUAGAAAUACUUCUCCAAGGCAAGUUGAAAACAAAUCCGGUGAUGAAAUUCUAGUGAAAUCGUCAUCUAAGUCGGAAACUAGUAAGAGCGACGAAAGCCCAGUUGCUUACAAUGGGCCACUUCAGGUCAACCUGCCUCCAGAGAGCUGGGCCCACUACAUUAGUCAAAAACGCUUGGAACGUCAAAAUUCCGACUCAAUAUCACCCGGAACGGGAGUAUCAAGCGUAGCGAGAAAUCGUCCAAAUGUAUUUAAACAGAACACUGUAGAUGUGAUUUCCAGCAUAAGUAGCAGUUCCAAAAAGAUGAAACCAAAUCUUUUUGGACAAAAAUUUUCAAAACGAGACUCAAAUAGUAUAAACAUGCGACGCUUGCAGGAAAGUGAUUCCCUUAGCGAAAAUGAAGCAGCUCCAGAACCUCCUCCUCGUCCCGAUUCAGGAUCGCAUAUUGAACCACCUCCACUGCCUCCGAAAAAACAAUUCGCAGACAUUGUGAUACGGCCAACUCCUCGAUCGGGUCCAACAACGAACUCAAGUUCUAGCGGGUCCACCAAAGAACGCUACGAUUACGUGGCAGCUAAAUUUGAAUCGAAGGGUCAACCAGUAAGUGACGCUCCGCCAUUGCCAUUACCAUCGCGGAAGGUCAAUAGACACGAUAGUUCUUCUCCGGGACGCCCAUUCAAAAAACUGACUGACGAAGAUGACUAUCUGCAGCCAAUUCCAGCUAAAUCCGAAAUUCCAACUUUGUUACCGCCACCACAACGCAAAGAUGCAUCUAAAACACGUGCUGCUCGCAAAUCUGAAACCGAUCCACGAAAUCUGGAUGAGCCAACACCUCCAGCGCACUCGAAAUCGCCUACAGUGAGGGACACAGAAUCACUUUUACCAGAUAUUACUCUUAGUCAAUUAUUAACACUAGGCAUUGAUGAACUAGCUACCAAACUGAAUGUUCCAGUCACUAAACUAAGCACAAUGACUUUGGUGGAGCUUACUUCAUAUUUAUCCGAAUUCAUCGAGAAAAGCAAAACUUCGCCAUCUUCGGCAACAUCUUGGAAUCAGGAAGCAGAAAACAACGAUUCUCCCGUUUUUAAAGUGAACUUUGAUGAUCAUAACGAUGCAACCUUUAUUGCCAAAUUUGACGAUAACUUUGGCGAAGAUAAUACAUUUGUCGCAAACUUCGACAAUAUGAAUCUUCAGUCUACUUCCCAAGCAUCUACUCAACCCAGUUCAAAUGUCCCAGUAAUCGAUAAAUAUGCCGUUUUCCGAGAGAUUAUUGAACAAGAAAUAGGUCCAGAUCAACAAACAGCAGACCCAGAGAAAGCAGGACUGGAUUUGUCUACGCUUGAUUUUGAUAGAGAAGUCGCUUCUGAGAUGAAUAGACUGUCGCCAAACAUAACUGGCGAUCAAUUCUCAAUAUCGCCAUCACAAAUGCAAUCUUUCUCCGCAACCAGUCCCGUGCCAGCUGUACCGAUGACAAAGAUCGAUACAAAAAUUACUGAAGUAAUAUCUCAAGCCAAAGAUCGAUAUGCUGCUUUGCGGGACAUUAUUUUAGUUGAAGACCUGUUCGAAAAACCGAUCCCUCCAUCUGGUUCCAGUGCACCAAUAGCUCGAAUGGAAUCAUCCUCUUUCGAAGACCAAACCAUGGAAGAUGAACAUCGUUUUGAAGCGAAUUUUGACGAUAUGCCUCAAAUGGAGAGCCAUUCCCCAGAAAUCAACAUUUCCGAUGCUGAUAACAACGAUGAUUACCCUCCUAUGGAAGAAAUAUAUGUUGAUGCAACGCUACUAGCUCUUGAUCAACCAGAAUCCCAUAGUAUGAGCUUCCGAAACACUCCCAAGGAAGACUUGGAAAUAGACGCUUUCAUGCAAAAGGCCGUAUCGAAUCUGUCUCUUCACAGUACCGGGCAGCAAUCCCCAGGACCAACCCAAACAACUAGUGGCAAUUUGACUAUAAAGUCCCCUCAACUGCAAAGCAUUUCAACCUCUCCAAUGCGACCCCUGCAAAGUAAAUCACCGGUAGCGGAGGGUGGCAACUUGGCAGCACAAAACGCUUCGGUAGAAAACUUAGCACGAGCUACCCUUAACGACAUGAGCACCUCGCCAAUUCCACUAUCAAAACCAUCUACGGCCGUGAGAGGAACAGGAAGACCAUCCCCGUUGGCCAAAUCCCCGAUGGACGUCACUUUCGCCGAUGAAACGUCGAGCAACGCGAAGAAAAGUACAGACUCUCUACAGAAACGUUCAUCGGGCUCACAGAGCGAUGGUGGAGAAACGUCACCUGAAGCGGAUCGAAAUCAGGAUGCCAAAGCUUCAAAACUUACUCCAACCAAUGCUAACGAAUCAUGGGCAGUUUUUGACCAACCGGCACAUCCUCCUGCACCAAAGAAACCAGACGGUGGGCGACUACCAAAAGGUGCGGACAAGCCCAGUGCUGAAUCUCCCUGCUCUUCGGAUCCAAAGGAUGAAUGGAAGAAUGAACGUGAGUACGCCCGGCGCUGGCCAACCAAAGGGCACACAUCUUCCUCCUCGCGGGAUGUCUCGCCCUGGGACGAAGAUGGUCCCGAAUAUCGGAAGCGUCCUCCGAGCCAACACCAUCCACCGACAUCGGGUGAGCGAUACCAUCAUCCGAGAAUGCCACCUCGGCGGAUCAAUUCCAACGAUGAAGACUACGAAGACGACAUGAAGGAUCGCUGUGAACGUCGGCGCCGAAUGAAGGGUGGUCAGAUGAGCUCGAGGAGUCGGGAUAACUUCGACGAUGAACACUGGUACCAUGAAAGACAGAGUUGGUCGCCUACAGAGGAAGACGAACGGCCGGAUCGGUCGAGGUCGUUCGAUAGAAAUGCCUAUGAGCGUAGUACGUAUGGUCCCCCGUAUGAGAAACGAGAACCAAAGAGUUUGCCACCGUAUGACAGGCGAGAUUAUAAAAAUUACGAUAAAAGGAAGUAUUACAGGGAAAGAGCCAGGCCGAAUUAUGAUUAUGAUCCAUAUGGGGAAGGAUACGAUCAGCGUAUGAUGAAGGGUAGAAUAGAAUAUGAAGAAGUUUACGAAAGAGGACCGCGAGAUUCAAGAGCAGCUAGGGAAUAUUUCUACGAUAGGGAUAGAAAAAGCUUUGAUCGUGAUAGCAACGAGUCUUAUGAGAGAAGAAGUUUCGGAAGUGGAGAUCUCUACGGCAGCUUGGAUAGUCGAGGUGAUUAUAGGGAUAGGGACCGAUAUUUGUCAUUAGAUAAAUCUCGAUCUCUGAGGCGUGGCUUAAGAAAUGCUGGUAGUGCAAGAUUGGAUGAUCCUGACCAGGAUUCAGAAGGUGAAAUGGUGGGUGGACGACGUGGUGAUACGAAUAGUCUGCAUAGAUCUAGUCAGAAUAUACGCGGUAAGCAACAUCAGGUAGUUGAUGACGAAGUUUGGGGAGUGUCGAUGAGUGGAAAACCAGGUUGGAAAAGACCAUCUAGUGCGUCCGAACAGGAGCGACGAUAUAAUGAAAGUAGACGAAUGAUAUCCAAUACAGCACAAGUGGGAUCAGAUGGUGAGAAAGAUAGGCGCUUCAGAAAAAAGAGCAGAACUCGAUCGAAAGAACCAGACAUUAGGCCAGGGUACGCUACUAUGAGGUAUCCGCCUCGAUCCAAAGAAGACUACUUCGACUUCGAUGCUGAUACACGCGGCACUGGAAGUGGAGGCGGAAUGUAUGACAACGAUGAAGAAGAUGAUGUAGGAACCGGAAAAAUAGAACCCAUGGAUGAAAGUCCUUCAUACUACGGUAGACGACAACCUCCCCCAUACUACAAACCGACAACUCCAAGAGCAGAAGGCAGAAGCCUCAACGAUACGCUAAUAGCACAAGAGGCCAAAAAGAUGGCCCGAUAUGAAUAUGAGGAAGAAGCAAUGCGGAGAAUGAAAAAGAGCAACAGUAGAGAUCUUUACUUUGAAGGGGAGGAGAAAGAAAGGUUCUCCGGCAAGUUUGGAUCGGGAAGCUUUGGAAACGUAACUCCUCCUAAAAGUACAAAGCACGUCCGUAUGGAGUUGGAGUUUGAAGACUUUGGUGACACACCGCAAUCUACCACAAGUGGUAAGUUCAAUUUUGAAAGUGGGGACGGUUUCGAAAGCGACUUCAACUCUCCACCAGCUCCUCCUUGUGGUGGCGGGCAGGUUCCACAUCAUACCACUAAGGCAUUCCGCUUUUCCAAUGACUUUUCAGAAAAAGAUCCAGGUCGACAUUAUCAGGCAUACCACAAGGGCCAACCACAGAGUUUUGGUGGAUUUGAAGCUGACUUUUCGACUGCACCACGUCCUACUUCGACUGCACAGACUGCAUCCAAGCUCCGUUUUAACGAAAAUGUAACAGUAUCGAAAUUUAGCUCAGAAUCUGCGACAGGAUCGCACAUGUUCGAAGAUGAUUUUGCCGGUCGAUCCGACAAUGAAUUGGAGGACCAGUGGACGCCGGAAAUGCCCGCACCGCUGACGAAUAGUAACGGUGGCAAGAAGAUUUUGAAAACCUCUAGUCAACAACAAUCACAGCAGCAUGACAACCUACGCAAGUCGGACAGCGUCAACAUAUUCGCCAAAAAAGUCGAAGAUCCAUUCGAAGACGAUGACUUUUUCUCGUCGGGUCUGACGACAGAGAAGGAUCCAUUCGAGGGUAACGGUGGUGGGCAGGGCGGCGGUGAAACAGGCGGAACGGGAGGCAGUGGUGGUCAGUCGGGGUGGGAUAAGAACUUUGCAAACUUUGACGACAACAUCUGAUUACUCGGUAGCCUGAUGAUGAACAGUAACAUACUCAGUCGUCAGCUCAACCGUAGUCUCAGCGUCCGCCAGCAAUAUCAAUACUGUUGCCAAAGCGAGCACCAGCGAUACUCGCUAGCGAAGGAUAUUAGGAAGCUUUACAUGCGCAUCAAGCAUUUCAAUAGGUACGAGGUAUUCGUUUAGGAUUAUUAUGGUUCUUUAGUAGUGUAAAGUAUUAUUACAUGCUCGACUGAUUUGAAGUCUGUUGAAUGUAAAAUUGGUUUCAUGGUAUGAAACAUAUGCGCUUGAUAUAGUAAAUGAUAGUUUUUUUAAAAUAAUUUUCAAUUGGUUCACAAAAAUACAAAACAUUACAACAUA